AUGGCAGCUAUGAAGGUAGGAGGGCAGAAGGCCUGCCUGUUGGUUUCUGCGGCGCUUGCGCUACUCUGCAUGACGGGCUUGCCUGCACCCUACACAAUUGUCUCGGCAGCCUUGUUUGCUUCUGAAGGGUUUUCUGUGAAAGCAUCUGACAACAAAGUACAAAGGAAAAGUGGCGGCACUGGCUGGGCAGGCAUCCGUACAGGGUUCAGGAAGAAAGGGAAGCUCUUCAGUCUGGCUGAAUCAUCUCCUGAUGAUUCUGAUGACUCUGCGUCGCCGGCAACGAAUGCGAGCGAUCCAGCUCCUGAGCAAGGAAAAGGAAGGUCCACUGAGAAUAGUCGUGCAGCAGACAAGACAGGCGUAUCUUCUAGCUUGGAAGGAUUCAGCUUUGACGACAAUCGCUCUCCCGCUGAAAAAGGUGCCCCGCAAAAUCGCCAAGAAGCUCUUCUAGCCGCUGCCGUCGGAUUCUCCUUGACACUUCGCCUCCUCGAACAGAAUGAAGAAUCUGUAAUCACCACUCCCGGUGUAUUAAGCAGUGUUGUCUGGGCGACCGAGGCUCUCAACAACGUAGCCAAGAGUGACGUGGGUGAAGAUAUGGAUAUGCAAAGACUGGCGAAGGCGACGGACCAUAUCGUGCAAGCUAUUAAUAAACUAGAAGAUGUGUUCAGGGCCUGGGCGGACUUAGAACGUAGUGUACGUGAAGUGGGUGACAUUUUGUCAACCAGUGCCACUCAUAAUGAAAGCUCGGGUCCUCCAGACUCAGCCGAAAGCUCCAAAACAAUCGGGAACCAGUUGCUGCAGCUAGGUGACGAGUUAAAAAUGUUCACGUUAGCGGAAAUCUGCACUGCAACGGAGCGGAACCCUGUUUCUGCCGACACAUUCACACCUCCAACACGGUUCCCUGAACUUCCGCAGAUACAAAAUGCCGAUCACUCCUUUUCGGCAACACAGGAACUGUCUCCGGGUCACGAAGAUAGCGACAGUCAAGGUGGUACCUCUCCUCUUUUCAAUGCAACAGAAACUACCGAAUCGCAUAACCCCACCACAGAUGUCGGGAUACCCCCCGAGUUGGUGGUUCCAUCUCCCAAUCCCCUGCAGUAUGUUUCUACUCAACGAAACUCCACCAUCUCCGAGUCUGCAAAUGUCCUCGCAAGCAGCGCCCCUCAAGCGGAACCGGUGGUAGACCAAAACGUGACGACAGUCAUCCCCCCUGUCUCUUUGAUAAAUUCCGAAGUGGAGUCGACUCCAGACGACAACAAUCCUGCCUUCUCUGCUGCAGCAAACAGCCUGUCCACUGUAACAGAAGAGCAAGAAGUGAUCUCACAUCUCGCACGUACUCAGUCGAGCAGCGUCACUCGGCCAAUUCACAAUUUCGCUGCGGCUGCGCUGCCUUCCCAGCCGAGCUCUGCCGUUUCUGCUCUUGAAAAUGCUGUAAACUCGUUCAGCGCGAGCAGCGUCCCCGUGAAUACUCAAGGGGCGGUUAUUUCGUUCACCGAAAAAAAUGGAGAGACCUGGCUGCUAGAGAAAAGAUCAGACAACGAACGCUCUGAGGAAAGCAGCACCCGACAGGGAGACGAGGCUGGGAGCUCGGUGGAGCAAAACGAGGAAGCUGCCGCUGAAGCUCAGGUGAAGCAAAAUGGUGACGACGAGACAAGGGCCGCCGAUAAGCUGGAGGAAGAGCCAGGAACGGGGAAGGAGGAGCAAGAUGGCUUGACAGAUGAGAAGAAGGAGGAUUUCAUCGAGGACUUUGAUUCUGGUAGCAGCGCGCCUCCACUAAAAGUAGACGGAAAAAGUGAGGAGGAAGACCAUCAUGGAGGCGAGGAAGGCACACAACACCAGGAUGUGGCAGAUGAGAGAGCUAAAACAGAGGACAUUCCCAUAGAGUCGGCUCGAGUGUCUACGGAGACACGCACAGGUGGAGGGUAUCCCCCGACUGUCACCGAGAACAAUGUGUCUACGGAUCCCGUUUUAUCUGAGCAGUUGUCUUCACAAAAUGGACAGGAACAUUCGCGCAGCACUGCCUACAGUAGCGCAGACGGAGCAGAGACGCCGAAGGAGCGAUUCGUCUCCCAUACGUCCAAUAGCAACCGCGAGCCUGGAAGGGGUGAAGCAGAAGAAAACAGUCUGGCUCUCGGAGGCAAUGUACGUGGGGAGGCGGAUGUGGCAGCGGCGACUUCUCUUCCUCCUGCCUCAGUGGAAGACCAGUUCACCGUUUCGCAAGAGCAAGACGAAAGCCUCACUGCCAUGGUUGUUGAGGAUCACGGAAACGCCUUGGACGCAGCGGACCUGCAGUUAACAACACCGGAUACAGUUAGCAACGAGGACGGCCAGUCCGUGAAAGAACAGACGACACACAAAGAGCCAGAUCAUACACAUUUUCUCACUGGAACCCCUUCGAUACCACGCCAUGAGUUACCGGAGAAUAACACGACUUCUGCCUCAGAUAACGGGAACGAAGCGACGGGAUACUUAAACGAAGAGAACCAUGGAAGUGCAUUGGAAACCAGAGUUUCCCUUGAUGGUUCGUCGGACGAUCUGACGGUCGUUCCGGGUGACCCGAACAUAUUGGCAUCGGCUUCUCAGGAAGUCCUUGAAUCUGGACCAGAGCCAGACGAGCAUGCAAGAGGAAGUCCAAUGGAGAUUCUCUCCGGCUCUGACGCAGAGACGCCCCACGUGCAGCUCAGGUCUCCAACAGUUGAGAUGAAGGAAGCGAUCGAAAUCCGCAAGUCGGCAGCAGAAGUGAUGCCUAUUGACAGGCUUGAUCCUAAUCCAAAUGACCACGGAAAGGAUUCCAGCGACAAAGUGUCAAUGGUGGAUGGUCUCCGGACGGACAAGCAAGACCUUGCUUUGGAAACGAAUGACUCGUCCGCUUCCGGAAACAAGACUUUUCUUUCCACGGCUCCGCCAGAGGUAUCUAAUACGAAGCCGGCAGGCGACUUUCUUCAUACAGAGCACCUUCUCGACAACGGCAACGAGACGAAGAACGUGUUUUUAGCGCCAGGGAGUCACCUAGAGCAUGCAUCCACACAUCGGGUACAAGGAUUUCAAGAAUCUGAUGGCCAGGAAGAUGAGAUAGCAGAGCAAACGACCUCUGCGUCAAGAAGGCCGUCUGAGCAGACUGGCGGCCAAGCAGACGAGUCCACGAAUACCGUUGGAGGGAGGAUGUCCCAGAUCGACGCAAACUCCCGAAGAAAACGCAGGGAUGGAAUUGCAGAACUGGGAGAGAAAAAGUCUGGGAGAGGACAGAGAGAAUCCAAUGAAACUGCAGACAAGGAGGGUUCUUCAGAUGAUUUUCUUCCAAGACAUAACAAACACGGAUCUUCCUCGAGGGGAACAGUGAACGGCAAGGAGCCAGAGCCUGCGGAGGAGAGAGAGACAAAAGACAACGGCCCAUCUGACGAAGCAGGCCAGAACACAGGGGAAGGAGAAACCGACGAAAAAACGGACGGGUCCAACUCGCAGAUGGCUGAAUCAGAGGCCACCUCCGAUAGAACCGAGUCAGACAUCGACAAGUUUUUGAAAUCUGAGAACCUUGCCGAGCUCAUGAAAGCAAAAACUCUGGAAGAUCUCCGACGGAUUCUUGGACCGUACAUGAAGGUGACUAUCAAAGACGCCCUGGCAUUCAAAGAACUGUCUGAUAAGCUGAAGGAUGCGGGAGUGAAGGAAGCGGAAAUCCGAGGCAUGAUGGCAACAGAGAAUACACCCUGGCGGGCUUUUGCUAUGAAAAUUGGUCUCUCUGAGAGGUCAACUGAAACUCUGGAGCGGUGUUUGUCGAAGCUUGUUCGGUAGUCGCACAUGCCGGAGUAAUUUGGACAGGUAUACCCUAGAGAAUUCGUUCGGGUGACCUACCCGUAUACAUGCAUGUCUAUUCCGUAUGCAGACGAGUCACAUAGGCAUGCCGUCUCUUUGUACAUCAGUUUGGAAGGAUCGCAGAAAGUGACAGAGCACCUGGGUCCUUGUGCAGACAGGUCCAGCGAGCACAAUGACAGGCAUUUUCGCACUGGAAAAUUUAUCCCAUCAAUCUCGGUUCCUCCUCAACACUUGGUGAGCACGUACCCUGCUGAGCGCUUCAUGGAUUAUUCAUAGGCUAUCCAAACGACUUGCCAACAUUCACGCUGUCUCCCGUGUAGUCCUUACUGCCUGGUCAGUAGUCAGGCUGGAGGACGCAUGCAUACGCUUUUGCCAGUAGAGAAUUUGAUCGAAUGAUGGGAGUGUUUAAACGAAGGUUCCAACGGCCUGGCU